AUGGCGUCCGGCUUGUUCUUCGAUCCGAUCGCACUCCUCCGCGUCGCGCCACUGGUCACUACCACCUCGUCUCUCAUGUACGCCUGGGACGAGCACUGGUUCCUGUCCGGCUUUCUGCGCCCCGAGCAUCAGCAGCACAGCGAGGCGAUGCUCCCCAGUUACUUCCGUCGUUUCUUCGAGCAAGGGGUCCUGAUCAUUGCCGGCCUUAACACCCUUACCGUCAGCACCUCCAUCGCCAACCUGGUCACUGAUCGGCGAGUGCUGGACCGUCUCCACGCCAGCAGGUGGUACUGGGCCGGACUGGGCUUCACGGUCUGUCAUUUCCUGUUUGUUCCGUUGAUCGCCUAUCCCAUCCGGGACAUCGUGGAGGAUCGGUCAAAGGGGCACUGCACUAAGGAUUUGCAACGUCUCACCACAGCUGUGGCUCGUCUUCCUAACCGUGACAGCCAAGGGCCGAUGGCAGUUCCCCCCCCGAUUUGGCAUUCGAACCCGAUGGCCAACCAUCCCGAGAUCCUGGACAAUGAUGUCCCCAUGCGUGGCCAAGGUUUCUACAAUGCGCACUCGGCCCUUCAAACAGCCGCCAUGCAUCGAGCAUUGCCCCUGUUUGACAAUGUUUUUCGUGCGACCGGAUCCGAGGUCUUUACCAUCGUGGAGUAUGGUUGUGCGCAAGGCGUCAAUUCCAUUCCACCUAUCCAGCACAUCCUGCAGUCUCGCUACAGCCAUGCCAAUUUGGACAUCGACGGGCGCAACGAGAAUAGUGAAGCCCAUUUGAUUUUCACGGACCGGGUGGGAAAUGACUUUACCACGUUGGCUCAGACCGGGCACAACGUCCAGUGGAUUCCGGAGACGAAGAACACCGGCCUCACAAUCUUCACAUCGAUGGCGGCCAAGAGCUUCUAUGAACGCGUCGUCCCCAACAGAUCGGUCGAUGUCGGAUUUUCUCUGGCAACACUGCAUCAUUUGGAGCGUUCCCCACUCGCCUCGGCCGGGGGAAAUGGAAGGGAAACCUCCGACGAACGGGGAUAUCUCCGACAGCAGGCACAUCAUGAUCUCCACCGCUUCCUCACUCUGCGUGCGCGGGAGCUCAAGUCUCGUGCAUCCUUGGUCCUGUCGUUCGUCGGCAAAUCUUCCCGCGGCAUCCCCAACUACCCGGGCCUCGUAAAUGCAUGCAGACAAGCGAUGAUCCAGAUGGUCCGGGACGGGCAGAUUUCCCCUUCCGUGGCCAGUGCAUUCCAUGUCCCGACGUAUGAUCGAACAAUGGACGACGUCCGACAGUCGCUGGCAGAGGUCCAGAAUCUCUGGGAGGUGCAGGACCUAUUUGAGUCAGAAAUCGUCCAUCCGGCCUACGAGGCGCUGCAAAGGGCAGGUUUCUCUCACAAGUCUGGAGAGGCUAGCGAGAUGUAUGCCGAUACCGUCGUAGACUGGGUGAUGGCGGUCAUCUCGGGAUACUUUGACAAAGCCUUGCAGGUUGCCGCGGGGAUGACAGACCUCAGCGCGCGGGAGGGAUGCCUGAAAGAGUGGAGAGGCCGGACAAAGGCGAUCUUUCUGCAGCAGUAUCGGGAUGAGAAAGUGAGCUGUUGGUUUAUCUUUGUUAGACUCAUCCGUAUCUAG